AUGUCUUCCAACGUCUUUGUUGAGCUCAAGACGCCGAUUACCGGCACCUACAAGCAGCCCACCGGCUUGUUCAUCAACAACGAGUUCGUCGAGGGUGUCGACAAGAAGACCUUUGAGGUCAUCAACCCCGCUACCGAGGAGGUCAUCUGCUCCAUCCACGAGGCCACCGAGAAGGAUGUCGAUAUCGCUGUCGCCGCUGCCCGCAAGGCUUUCGAGGGUGUCUGGCGCGACGUCACUCCCCAGCAGCGUGGCAUCUACCUCCUCAAGCUCGCCGACCUGCUCGAGAAGAACCUCGACCUCCUUGCCGCUGUUGAGUCUCUCGACAAUGGCAAGUCCAUCACCAUGGCCCGUGGCGAUGUUGGCGCCGUCGUCGGCACUAUCCGCUACUACGGCGGUUGGGCCGACAAGAUCGAGGGCAAGACCAUUGAUAUCUCCCCGGACUCCUUCCACUACACCAGGCAAGAGCCUCUCGGUGUUUGCGGUCAGAUCAUCCCCUGGAACUUCCCUCUCCUCAUGCUUGCCUGGAAGGUUGGCCCCGCCCUGGCCACCGGUAACACUAUCAUCAUGAAGACCGCUGAACAGACUCCUCUCUCUGCUCUCGUCUUUGCCCAGUUCGUCAAGGAGGCCGGUUUCCCCCCUGGCGUUCUCAACAUCAUCUCCGGUUUCGGCAAGAUUGCUGGUGCCGCCAUCGCCUCCCACAUGGACAUUGACAAGGUUGCCUUCACCGGCUCUACCAUGGUCGGCCGCCAAAUCAUGAAGGCUGCCGCCGAGUCCAACCUGAAGAAGGUUACCCUCGAGCUUGGUGGCAAGUCCCCCAACAUUAUCUUCAACGACGCCGAUAUCGACCAGGCCAUUGAUUGGGUCAACUUCGGUAUCUACUUUAACCACGGCCAGACCUGCUGCGCUGGUUCUCGUGUAUACGUCCAGGAGGGUAUCUAUGACAAGUUUGUGGCGGCCUUCAAGCAGCGCGCCCAGCAGAACAAGGUCGGCGACCCCUUCCACGACGAGACCUUCCAGGGGCCCCAGGUCAGCCAGCUCCAGUACGACCGCAUCAUGGGUUACAUCAAGGCCGGUAAGGAGGAGGGUGCUACUGUCGAGACUGGUGGUGAGCGCCACGGUGACAAGGGCUACUUCAUCCAGCCCACCAUCUUCACCAACGUCCGUCACGACAUGAAGAUCAUGAAGGAGGAGAUCUUCGGGCCCGUCUGCGCCGUCGCCAAGUUCUCCACCGAGGAGGAGGUUAUCAAGCUCGGCAACGACUCCAACUACGGCCUUGCUGCUGCCGUCCACACCAAGGACCUCAACACUGCCAUCCGCGUCAGCAACCACCUCAGGGCUGGUACUGUCUGGGUCAACACCUACAACGCUCUUCACCACCAGCUUCCCUUUGGCGGUUACAAGGAGUCCGGUAUCGGUCGCGAACUCGGCGAGGCUGCUUUGGCCAACUACACCCAGUGCAAGUCUGUUGCUAUCAAGCUCAACUAG